AAUACAAAUCACAAAUUAUUAUCUUUUUCAAAAUUACAACUUUGUAAUUUGUUUUGAAUUUAAGUUAUCUACUAUUUUAUUAUUUGUAUUUUACAUAAAGCUGCCUAAGACACUUCAAUUUGCAUUACAGUAUAACGUUUCACCAAAUAUCGUAUCGUAUCAUUAUUAAGGUUAAAGAUGAGGAAGUUAAAAGGACCCGUGAAAGAAACACCAAAGCAAAAGAGGGAGAGAAAGCAAGAGUUUGCUAAAAUGCGUCAACAAAUUCAUACUGUAGUUCUGCCAACUGUAGCUGUUGUUUUCAUAUUAAUUUGUGUUUACGUGUAUCUAAAAACAAGGCCUUCGAUGCAUCAACAGGCUGUCUAGUGUUGUUUUGUAUUUAAAGUGUAUAUAUACUAUAAAUAUUAUGGUUGUGAAUUGGUUAAUAUCUUCAUAACAUUCCAAAUUUAAUAUUAUGGAAAAAUUGUAUAUUAAUCCUACAUAUCUAAGAUGUGACCUAUUAUAAUGAUAUAGAAGUUGUCAAUGUGUUCAAGUUAUCAAACUGAUGAAAUAGAAAUAAUUAUGUUACACUUUCAUUGUUGUAUGGCACUUGUUUUGGAAUGGAACUGUAACUGCAAUUAUCUGUGAAUUACAGCGUGGUUUUCAUAAUGUAGUCACAUCAAAUUUAUAUUUAAAGAUAGAAUAUAUAUUUCAGUAUGAUAUUUUCUUUUUAUUUUGAGAAAUAUCAGUAAAAAUGUAUAAUUGUCUCUAUAUAAAGGAGACAUUUAUUUAUUUUACCAUUCUUUAUUGAAGCAAUAUGUAUAUAAAAUAAAGUACUUAUUAAAUAUACCAAGUUACAAAUA